CCUCCCCACCGCAGGCUUCCGUGACCACAGGUGCCCGCCUCCUGACCCUUGGUGCCCGUCUGCUGAUGUGCCUGGCCCGUGCCUGCCAUGCCGCCCUCCAUCUCGGCCUUCCAGGCUGCCUACAUUGGCAUCGAGGUGCUCAUCGCCCUGGUCUCUGUGCCCGGGAACGUGCUGGUGAUCUGGGCAGUGAAGGUGAACCAGGCGCUGCGGGAUGCCACCUUCUGCUUCAUUGUCUCGCUGGCCGUGGCUGAUGUGGCUGUGGGCGCUCUGGUCAUCCCACUAGCCAUCCUCAUCAACAUCGGGCCGCGGACCUACUUCCACACCUGCCUCAUGGUCGCCUGCCCCGUCCUCAUCCUCACCCAGAGCUCCAUCCUGGCCCUGCUGGCAAUUGCCGUGGACCGCUACCUCCGCGUCAAGAUCCCCCUCCGGUACAAGACGGUGGUGACUCCCCGGAGGGCGGCAGUGGCCAUCGCCGGCUGCUGGAUUCUCUCCUUCGUGGUGGGUCUGACGCCCAUGUUCGGCUGGAACAGGCUCGGGGAGGUGGAACGGGCCUGGGCAGCCAACGGCACCAAGGGCGAGCCCGUGAUUGAGUGCGAGUUUGAGAAGGUUAUCAGCAUGGAGUACAUGGUCUACUUCAACUUCUUUGUCUGGGUGCUACCCCCGCUGCUGCUCAUGGUCCUCAUCUACCUGGAGGUCUUCUACCUGAUCCGCAAGCAGCUCAACAAGAAGGUGUCGGCCUCCUCUGGUGACCCGCAGAAGUACUAUGGGAAGGAGCUGAAGAUUGCCAAGUCGCUGGCCCUCAUCCUCUUCCUCUUCGCCCUCAGCUGGCUGCCCCUGCACAUCCUUAACUGCAUCACCCUCUUCUGCCCUUCCUGCCAGAAGCCCAGCAUCCUCAUCUAUAUCGCCAUCUUCCUCACCCAUGGCAACUCGGCCAUGAACCCCAUCGUCUAUGCCUUCCGCAUCCAGAAGUUCCGGGUCACCUUCCUUAAGAUUUGGAAUGACCAUUUCCGCUGCCAGCCCACACCCCCCGUUGACGAGGACCCCCCUGAAGAGGGGCCCCACGACUAGACUCCACCUUCCGAUCCUGCCUGCCCACAUCGGGGGCAUCUCAGCCCAGUCCCACGUCCCCACUGGUCUCACUCCUGAGCCUUCCUGGCUGGGCUGUGGGGUGUGGGUGACCUGCACCUCGGGUCCUGGAGGAGGUUUGGGAGGGCGGUCCAUGAGGAAGGAACCAGGUAACCUGAGGAGAGGAGGAAAGUGGCUUGAGCCUCCCCAGCUGUGUGACCAUCCUACGGGCAACCCAGUGCUUUGGGCUGGACGGACCUGGGGAGACUGAGGCUGCAAAGGGGCCAUGUGGGCUGGGAGGGCAAGCUUGGGCUCCAUGGCAGUCAGGGGAGCCUGCUUGUCUCUUGUGGUGGAUGUGCAACCCUGGGACCAAGCCUAAGGAGAGGAGAGGGUCCCCUCCAAGAUGGAGGGAGGGAGAGAAACUGCACAUCAUGGUCUUGCUUUCUCUCCUUUCUGUAGAAGGUGGCAGAGCCACUGAGGGGCAGGAAUCAUGGAGCCUCAGUCCCUGCCUCCCCGGACCCUGAGCGGCUAGCCAUGCCGGGUGCCAGGGUGCCUGCUCUCCCUGCCCCGGGGAGCCCAGGUUUAUACUUGGAAGAGGCAGAAAGAGCGGGUCCAGAAAUCAUUCCCAACUUUUGCUUUAUUCUCCACCAGCCCUGGGACCCAGAAUGGGGGCUCCAAGCCCGCUGGAGCUCAUGUGGAGUUGAAGGGCAGGCCGCACACAGCCACCGGGUGGCAGCACUGAGC